AUGGUGUGCUUUUUCCCAUUUAGGCAACUGGCCGGCGAACGUAUAGUUGGUGGUGUUGAUGCCGGUGGAGAGCGGGUGGAGACAACAGAACGAGCCAGAAAUCACAGAGAACGGAAGCGACAACGGGAGGCCAUGGAACUACAAAAACAAAUAACCGCAUUGGAUGCUACAAUUGAACGUUUGCAUAAAAGAACCAAACAAAAGGUAGCCAUUUUAAACAAAAUUACUCUGGAAACGCUGAAUGAAAUCAAGCUUAUUUGUGUCCGCCGAGAAGCAGAAAGAAGGUCGGUUCUUGGUCAAAAGCGACGCAUUACAAAAGAGCUUUUCCUAUGCCAAUUUCGAAAUCGCCAGCUUCGCAGAAGAAACUUGCGGAGAAGGCUUGGGCUCAUACCAGGUAGUCAUAUCCGCGUUAAAUUCACCGGGUCUGCGGGCCCGGUUCCCAUCAGCCUGGCGGCCAGAGAAGAGAGUGAACAGGAUGCGCUCACCAAGUGGGGGGCCGCUGAAGAUGUGAGGUGA